UGACUCUGCACUAGAAGAAAUUUCCCCAAACCCGGAAGCCGUUCAGAAUCGGCCGUGACUGCUAUUCAUUCGGGUUGCUGCGAUUUAAAUCAGCCUCUGUUAAGAUAUCCCUUCAUAUCGGGUGACCGGUAUAUUCGCGUGUAGAUAGAUAGAUAAAGGAGAGCAAGCAUGGCUGGUCGGCUACCAGCUUGUGUUGUUGACUGUGGCACAGGGUACACAAAGCUUGGUUAUGCAGGGAAUACAGAACCACAGUUCAUCAUACCUUCAUGUAUCGCAAUCAAAGAAUCAGCCAAGGUCGGGGACCAGGCCCAGCGCAGGAUGAUGAAGGGUGUUGAUGACCUGGACUUCUUCAUCGGGGAUGAAGCCAUCGACAAACCAUCAUAUGCAACGAAGUGGCCCAUCCGUCACGGGAUAGUGGAGGACUGGGACCUGAUGGAGAGAUUUAUGGAGCAGAUCAUCUUCAAGUAUCUGCGGGCAGAACCUGAAGACCAUUACUUCCUUUUGACAGAGCCUCCCCUCAACACACCAGAAAACAGAGAGUAUACAGCAGAGAUCAUGUUUGAGUCGUUCAAUGUCCCCGGCCUCUACAUUGCUGUUCAGGCUGUCCUGGCGCUGGCUGCCUCCUGGACAUCCAGACAGGUGGGAGAGCGGACACUGACCGGGACUGUGAUCGACAGCGGAGACGGAGUCACACACGUCAUCCCAGUGGCUGAAGGCUACGUCAUCGGGAGCUGCAUCAAGCACAUCCCCAUCGCUGGUCGAGACAUCACGUACUUCACCCAGCAGCUGCUGAGGGAGCGAGAGGUGGGCAUUCCUCCGGAGCAGUCCCUGGAGACGGCCAAAGCUGUCAAGGAGCGCUAUAGCUACGUCUGCCCCGACCUUGUUAAGGAGUUUAACAAGUACGACACAGAUGGCUCCAAGUGGAUCAAACAGUACACGGGCAUCAACUCCAUCUCCAAGAAGGAGUUCACCAUCGAUGUUGGCUACGAGCGCUUCCUGGGGCCCGAGAUCUUCUUCCAUCCUGAGUUUGCCAACCCAGACUUCACCCAGCCGAUCUCAGAGGUGGUGGACGAGGUGAUCCAGAACUGUCCCAUCGAUGUCCGACGUCCACUGUACAAGAACGUCGUGCUCUCCGGAGGCUCCACCAUGUUCAGGGACUUUGGCAGACGCCUCCAGAGGGACCUCAAAAGGUCUGUGGAUGCUCGACUGAAAAUGAGCGAAGAGCUGAGCGGCGGCAAGUUGAAGCCCAAGCCCAUCGAUGUGCAAGUUGUCACUCAUCACAUGCAGAGGUACGCCGUCUGGUUCGGAGGAUCAAUGCUGGCAUCUACUCCUGAGUUUUACCAAGUGUGCCACACCAAGAAAGACUACGAGGAGAUUGGGCCGAGCAUCUGCCGCCACAACCCCGUGUUCGGAGUCAUGUCUUAGGGCGUCGGGGGACGGCAUUCAGCGGGGGCCGAAGAAAACUGAGGAAGCGCCCUAAGACCUCACAUGCUGUGGAAGUCCCAUGAGCCUUUGCACGGAUGCUCCCGACAGACCUGUUCAUUCGGAUAAAGCAGUGGACCAAACAAACUGCCAAAAUAGCGGCAACAUCCUCACAAAUUAGAGGAAGGAGGUGACUCAGCCCAAAGGAUCCUUCAAAUAAAAUGUUUACUGCAAAGUAGGUUAAUAAUAGGUGAUAAAUCUUUAAUUUCUGCGUGCCUCGUAUAUGUACUUAUAAUAUCGUCACAGGGUUGUAAUAUGUAAUUAAUCAACAUGAGUCCUGUAUAAAUGCACUUCUCUGUGUAUAUGGGUUGGGUUCUUGCUAUAUGUUAUAUACUGUAAAAGAAGCAGGACAUGCUUAGCUAGAUCAUUUUACACAAACUUCAUUGAAUAAAACACCUUUUGAUCAUUAAGUCAUCAAAUGGGUGCUACAUACCCCAAAAAACAAUCACCAGAUAUACUGACUAUUAUUUCUGUCUCUUUUUUUGAAAAUGUCCCUCACUACCUGGAUGGAAUAUUUAUUUGAAUUUAGAUUAUUAAGUCAGGCAUUUAAAAAAUUAGUAUUAAUCUGUUCAAAUAAUUUCCCCCAGGUUUAAUUGUUUAAGUCUUUGUCACCGCUUUCUUUGGACCUUUUUUUUAUUUUUUUAUUUGUAUUAAUCAUCUCUUGACCAACCUGUCUUUAAAAAGAAAAAAGAAAAAAAAAGAAGUCAUAUUAAUAUAUGAACAUGCAGUUUGAAUGACUGUUGUUGGACCGUCACUGUUGCCUAGAUCUCAGUUCUACUGGAUAGCCUUGUACUGUAUCAAAUCUGGAUUUCAAUGCUGGCAUUCCAAUAAAUGCCAAGGAGACAUUUC